AGGUUGCAGUUGCUGUCAUUCUCAUUGGCUCCCCACAACUACUGCUUGAACUAUGACGUCACAAUGGAUAACCGUCCUCGGCGUGACGAUCAUCUUAGGCUUCUCGCUAGCGCCCGCGGAGGCUAAAAAAUCGACCCACUGGUGGAAUUUCGGCGCAGAGACGGAGGAGAAGUCGACCAACUGGUGGGCUUUCGGCGAAGAGAAGUCGACCAACUGGUGGAAUUUCGGCGCAGAGGAGAAGUCGACCCAUUGGUGGAAUUUCGGCGCAGAAAAGUCGACCAAAUGGUGGAAUUUCGGCGCAGAGGAGGAGAAGACGACCCAUUGGUGGAAUUUCGGCGCAGAGAAGAAGUCGACCAACUGGUGGAAUUUCGUCGCAGAGAAGUCGACCAACUGGUGGAUUUUCGGCGCAGAGACGGAGGAGAAAUCGACCAACUGGUGGAUUUUCGGCGCAGAGGAGGAGAAGUCGACCAACUGGUGGAUUUUUGGCGCAGAGACGGAGGAGAAGUCGAGCCACUGGUGGAAUUUCAGCGCCAGAGAGAAGGAGAAAAACUCGACCCACUGGUGGAAUUUGGCCGCCAUGGUAGCCGCAGUGGCCAUAGUGGUUCAGAUAUUAGUGUUAGUACAAGCCGCGUUCUUCUCCGCUGGAGUGAACACCACCGGCUGCGUCGCCUCCCCCACUACGCCCUCGGCCACGCUGAAGUCCGUCGAUACGGAGUGUGUGGUGUGUUUGUCCGACAUUGAAACGAGGCAGAGUCUGCGAGUGCUGCCCUGCAGCCACGAGUUCCACGCCACGUGUGUGGACGAGUGGCUCAAGAUUAACCCGACCUGCCCCAUCUGCCGUGCCGAUGCCUCAGAGAUUCCACACAAGGGAGAGUGACACUCACCACCACACUCACCACCACACUCACAAGAACCACACUCACCACCACACUCACUAGAACCACACUCACCACCACACUCACUAGAACCACACUCACAACAACACUCUACCACAUUCACAACCACAACUCACCACCACCACACUCACCAACACCACAACCACACUCACCGGAACCAAACUCACAACCCACCACACCAACCCACACAGCCGCGUGCAAUCGCCGUUCACUCGGCCACGGGUGACCGUUGCCACGGUGACCGUUGCCACGGUUAACGUCGCCAUGGUGAACGUUGCCACGGUGAACGUCGCCAUGGUGAGGAGUGUUGCUGUGACUGCAGUUGCCCGACAUUCACUUUGCUGUGGCUUUGCGGCUCUUGAUGACGGUGGCAGAGGUGGUGGUGGUGGUCAUGAUGAUGGUAGUGAUGGUAGUGGUGGUGGUGAUGAUAGUGGUGGUGAGGGUGGUGGUGGUAGUAGUGAUGAUGGUUGCAGUGAUGGUGAUGGUGGUGAUGAUGGUGAUGAUCUUAAUCGUCGUGGUGGUAGUGAUGAUGAUGGUGGUAGUGAUUGUUGUUUCUAUUGUUUUGAAAAAUAAUGUCAUGAAAAAUGUAAAAUAUGUCAGUGGCAAACGUUUACAGCAAUUAAUUCAUCGGUAAGAUUACGCAAUUAACGAAAUGUAUGACUAAAAUACAGGGUUGUGUCAAAAAGAUGGACCCAAUUUCAAAGCAGUAUAUUUCACGAUGGUUACAAUUACUCAAAAUGAUACAAACGGUUUAAUGAGUUAUCAAGUUUUACAAACCAUUUUCAUAAAUGCUCGAUGUGCCCUCCACCUGCUGUACGGACACCAUCGAGACGAUAGUUGAAUUCGUCCCAAACGCCUCUCUUCUCACGUUUUCGCCUGAGGUGCAUGGUCUCCCUGUGCUCUUCCCCUGACAUAAACAGCUCGCUUCCUCAAAUUGUCGGUACCAACCACGAAUGCUAUUUGACAAUGGCGGAUCAAUGCCAAAACGCCGUUGAAACGCAUGCUGCACCGCAAUUACGGACUCAGUCUUGCUGAACUGCUGAACGUAAAACGCUCCUUGUAUUGCGGGGUCACCAUCUUGCGAAUGACUGAGGCAAGGGGCUGUUUGUGUACUGGGAGAGGCAUCUAGUGGUAAUCAUUUGAAACUCUAUGCCCCGCCCUUUCAAGUGGUAAGAGUUUCAUUAAUGGGCGGUUCGUGGUUGCAGAGAUAUAGCGAUUUCAAAUCGGGUCUGCUUUUUAAACACCCUAUUCUUCGAAACGACUCAAGGGACAGAACGAUGCUUUUCACGAUCAGCUAAUAGUUAACGCACCACUUUGUGAUGGGAACCCUUUUCGAAACAAAAAAAAAAACUUCUUGGAGCAAUCUUAUUCGCACCGAUAUGGGCGUUGUGUGUGUGAGUAGGAGGACAGUCACCACGAGGUCCAAUUACUCUGUGUGGGGGUUACAGAGAGCGAUCAGUUCUACGUACUCACACAUACACACUACACUACUUUAUACUACUACACUAUAUACUACUAUAUACUACUACACACUACUACACUGUACGCUACUAUAUACUACUACACACUACGACACUAUACACCACUAUAUACUACACUUCUAUACACUACACUAAUAUACAAUACACCACUAUACACUACACUAUACACGACUAUACACGACUCACCUAUACACUACACUACUACACACCACACUACAAUACAUGACGCUACUAUACAAUACACUACUAUACACUACACUCUACAUUACUAUGUACUAUACACUGGUCAACACACUUUUUCAGGCAUAAGGUAUUCCAACGGUGUUAAUGUAAUUUUGGGGUGCUGAUUCCAAAUCUGGCAUCAGUUUUUGUCUAUCACAUCAGGUUUUAGAGAUAUAAAGUAUUGCAUUUUCAAUAAAAACUGCAGAAGAAAAAUAUUAAAUAAAUGUGGAUAUCUACAUAAAAUUAUAUUAUAAACACACUAUCCUAAAAAUACAGCACCAUAUUUUAACACUAAAGCAGUCACUGACUCGCAACAACUUGCAAUCAUAAGUGACAGAGUAAAUUUCGGGUAAAAUCAAUGAAAAUGGGGUAUGCCGAUAGCAUAAAAUGAGAUGUGAUAGAGCAAAUCUGAGAUCAGAUUUGGAAUCAGCACCCUGAAAUUAGUCUAAAACAGCUUCAAAAAUUGACCAGUGUAAUUAUAGCGGGCAGUGUGAUUUUGAGGAAUCAAUGGCUUCCGCGGUGCAGCGUUCCUUGAACCGAAAAUACCUCAGGUUCCCAGCAGGGGGCGCUGGGUCGGCGCGUGUACGUGUGUGUGUGUGUCGAACACGCGGUGCUCUCGGCUGCGCAGUCAGUCUCUCUCCACCGCUGGUAGGCCUCGGCAAGGUAAGGUCAAAGUUUAAAGGUAAAAACAACGAGCCUAUUUUUACCCUACCUUUUACCUUACCACAAUACAAUCACUCUACCCUACCUUUUACCCUUCAGCAGGUAAGGUAAAAGGUAAAAACAACAAGCCUAUUUGUACCCAACCUUUUACCUUACCGCAAUACAAUCACUCUACCCUACCUUUUACCCUUGAGCAGGUAAGGUAAAAGAUAAAAAGCCACGAGCCUACCUUUUACCCUACCUUUUACCCUUACCCUAUACAAAUUACCCAAUUACAGGGUAAUUACUAGGGAACUACGACACAUGAACAAGGUUUAUAACGGUAAAUGCUAGGUAGAGCGCUUUAUUCAUAUAGAAUACUCUCGAUGAUUCCAAUUUUACACGCUUGUUGUCGUUGUUGUCAUUGCUGUUGUCGUCGUUGUCAUUGUUGUUGUUGUCAUUGUUGUUGUCGUUGUCAUUGUUGUUGUUGUCGUUGUUGUCGUUGUUGUCAUUGUUGUUGUUGUCAUUGUUGUUGUCGUUGUUGUCAUUGUCGUUGUUGUCAUUGUUGUCGUUGUUGUCGUCGUCGUUGUCGUCGUUGUUGUUUCCUCAAAUCUUGUAACACAUUUUUUACCCACUUCCUAAUGUGGUAUCGACUGCAAACUUGGUAUACUUAUGUCAUACUGAUGACAACACUAUAUUCUAUCAUUAAAUCCUUUUUUAUAUGUUAUGUUUCGACUUGGGUCUAAUUGUCCACGGUCAACUGACGUUGGCUGUAAAUCACCACGGCCCCUUACGUUGUGGCAAGCUUCGGGGCCACUUCCUGGAGUCGUGGAGUUCUGCCAUUACUAGUACAUUUCAUAAAAGCGUGUUUUUAAGAAAGUUUUUUUUAAUAUUACUUAUUAAAUGGAGGCCACGGACUGCGCCACAGAGCUUCUAGCGGUAAACAAGGCACCGUAUUUACCGGGUAAUACUUCGCGCUACCUUUACCCUACCAGGUAAUUCUUCCGAGCUACCUUUACCCAACUCUUUACCUUACCCCUUGGCAUGUCGACAUCUUUAGCCUUUAGCUUUACCCUUUUACCCGGUAAAAAGGGUAAAUUACCUUGCCUUGCCGAGGCCUACUUACAGCACACACAAACACAGAGACACAAAGAUUCUCUCUCACACACAACAACAACAAGGCCUAACCGCUGGGGUGGUUGCUGAGUCGGCACACUGCUCACGCUGGCGGCGGUGCCCGUGCCGGCAUGGAUGAUGGGUCCGGCUCCGUCUGCGUCGAUGUGCGCGAUGGCUCCCGUCGCCAGAAAGCACUCGCAGUGAGUCACCCCCUUUGGCACCAGACACAGAUACAUCUGGGGAUGAUUUGCCCACUGACCAUCGGCUUGUAAUCUAUAACAUGCGCCUGUCAUUUUUCCACUCCGGUGGUGGGUGUACACCUAGGACCCUAUUCAAACCCACAAUGGCCUGGUCUAAGCUAGAUGAUGAAAGUUGCAAGUGAUCAUCGCAUAGAGCUGGGGUUGGCAUCGAACAACCCUCCUGAUACUGAGGGGAAAUGGGCGAGGUUUAGGACUGUCACAUGCAGCUGCAAUGGCUAAUUUGGUUACACGGUCCAAACAUCCCCAGAGACCCUGGCUGACAAAGGAGGUGUUCCAGCUGGCUGAGAAAAAGCGUUAGCCCCACUCCCACCGACUACAGCAUCAGAGAAGGAGGAGGCUUACCGCAGCCUUUGCUUGGAGGUUCGGAGAGCCGUGCGACAAUGCAGGUUUCCCACGAUCACAAAACACUCAUUAACUCCAUCACAAAGUAACUUGCAGCACCACACCUAUCACUAGAAUUAAGGGAAAGUAAUGUUAUCCGAUCUCCGACCACAGGAAUAUCUUUGAGGUUUUGGUGAAGGGGAAAUUCCUCUGCCCAGAUAACAUCAUGGGGCAAGGUGGGAAUAACCCUGCUGGGGCUGCCAAUGCCUCGAAUAUUACAGGAAAUAGUCACCCCUUGUGAGUGGCUGGCUGAGGUGUCAUUUGUUGAGCAAGCACGACAGUGAUCCAGAGUCUAAAACGAGGAAAAGUGCAGGGCAGAGACGAUCUCCUAAGCGAACUGCUGAGAGAGGGUGGUGUUCAUGCACAAACUGCCCUACACGACAUUGUAAUAACAGUCCGGACCACUGGAUGGGUUUUGCAGGAUUUGAAGGAUGUCAUUGUGGUCUCCCUCUUUAAGAAUGGGGACCCCACCGGCUGUAACAACUACAGGGGCAUCUCACUUCUCAGGGUGCCGGGAAAGGUCCUGGCAAGGAUUAUUCAACACCCCCUUGCCAGGCUUGCAAAACCCCAAUGGGGUUUCAGACCAGGGCAGUCCUGUAUGGAUGCCAUAUUAUCUGUCUCUCUGCUACUGCAGAGGUGUAGGGGAUUCCAACAAGACCUACACUUCUGCUUUAUUGAUCUGGUCAAGGCCUAUGAUACCAUCAACAAGCCAGGGCUUUUGGUUGUUCUUCGUGCUUUCAGAGUCCCUGACUCUCUGCUCACAAUCAUUAAGGACCUUCAUGAUGGUGGGCCUGCCCGAGUAGAGCUACGUGGCCAGGAGUCAAAGCCAUUCUAUGUUCAUCUUGAGAUGGCGACAGGGAUGUCCUCUGUCUCCCACAUUAUUUAACAGACUACCUGCUGGAUCUCCUCACUGUUUCGAAGAACAAAUGUGACCUAAGGUCUUCGCUCAUUUACCUGCUUCACAUUCCUUAUUGCCGUACAAAUACUGGAGGAAGG